GAGAGAGAGAGAGAGAAAUAGCCAGCCAGUCAGACGCCAAGGAGCCUCAGGCUCCAUGUUCAAUGUUUGCGUGACCGCUCCACACGCUGCUCUUCCCCAGUGGGCUUCUGCCUCCGUGAACUUCUCGAAUAUUUGGACUCAACACAGUGGAGCUACUAGCGGAUUUGUUGUCUGUGAGCAACCACAGGGGAAAUAAGGUUACACCUGGACCCGGAACCUCGUUUAGGAACACCCGAGUGCUGGAUGGAGGAGCUCAGUCCAUUUCAACCCCACCGUGACCUGCCACUGAUGAAACUGUCACAAGAGGUUUGCAUGGGGCUUUAAACACGUAUCUCUCAUGACAGCUUCUCUGGAUGCUGUUUUCUUUCGUUUGUAACAUCCGAGUAGUUUUGUUAAGGUAAUUACAUCCUUUUGAAGUGUUUCUGCACGGUUUUGCUUUCGGAUCAGCAGCUGCAGCUUGACUGUUGCUUCUGUGUGCGUGCCUGCGCGCGCUUGUGUGUGUGUGUGUGUGUGUGUGUGUGUGUGUGUGUGUGUGUGCGUGCGCGCGCGCGCGCAACAGUGUGGGUUAUUCAGAGUGCUGCUAUGCAGACUGGCUGGAGCCACAGUCAGACAGUCACGGCUUCACUGUAGCUUGAGUGCGUAUGCGUGUUCGCCCGGACUGCUUUCCCAGAGAGAAACAAAAAGAGCGGGCGCCACACACACACUGAGGAGAAACCUAUCUCUCUUUCGGAGGGAACGACUUGUGCCGAAUCGCAUAUGUUCCACAGCUUUGAGUACGAGUGUGGCUUGUUCAGGAUGCUGCUAUGCAGACAGAGUGGAGCCACACGAAACCUGCUGGUAAAGUUCAAGUAACACAUGACAGUGCAGCCGCUGUCAGCGCAGCGGUUCGUGUUGCUUUGGCACGUUUACGUGAGUUAAACAAAUCGCAGUAUUGUUUAGAUUUGAUUGUUUUCUUUUUUGCAUUUGUUUUUAUUUGGAUUGGGUGAUUACUGGAAUAAAAAAUAUGAAGGACCCCCAUCCACUUACCAAUAACUGGAUCAAAUCCCCCUGCAAAGAACCGGUGAUUAUCCCCAUGCAAGGCUCUCACAAGAAGUUCAAAAGAAAGUCUCGCGAGCCUAAAAAACUUUUGAGUGGCUUUGAACCUGACGGAAUGAAAACAUACACGGUGGAUCCAUCGGAAGGGGACUUCCUGGAGGACCCACACCUGGACCCUUGUAAUGUCAACAGGUUGGCUCCACACCACAAACACCUCAUGGUGUCACAUGAGACCAGCGCCACAAGGGUCCUAUCCGGAGUACCGGGUGUCAUGGUAGCGCCGCCGCAGAGCGGCGCUCUCGACAUGAGAAUCGGGAGCACCAUGGCUUCUAAACUGCCUCAGUUAUCCACCUCUCCCUUCGUCAGUCCAGAGAUCAUCCAUUGGCCCACAGCCAUAUCUCAGCCUCUCUCAAACAGAUUCAGAUCAGGCCCCCGCUCUAACUUCCCUGUAACGACAUCGUCCAGCAACAUUCGCAGCCUUUCGCCCAACCACCAGACCUUCUCCAUGGACCCGUCAAUGUCAGGUCAAACUACAACUCGGCCCAUGUCUCAAACGUCUCUGGGCUCCCAAGGGCAUGAAAACGGAGGGCAUCAGGCUCACUCUCCCAAGGAGUCUCCGAGGAAGCGAAUCGGCAGCAACGAUGGAACCGGACGUCUUCCGGAGGUCAAAGCCAUCCAGCAGACAAGGAGGCUCCUAGCUAAUGCCCGUGAGAGAACCCGUGUCCACACCAUCAGUGCUGCUUUUGAAGCCCUAAGGAAACAGGUGCCUUGCUACUCCUACGGGCAGAAGCUAUCCAAGUUGGCUAUAUUACGGAUAGCAUGCAACUACAUCCUGUCUCUGGCUCAAUUGGCCGAGCUGGACUACAGUCCUGACCAUGGCAGUCAAAGCUUCUCUCAGUGUGUGGAGCAGUGCACUAGGACCUUGCAGGCUGAGGGUCGGAGCAAGAAGAGGAAGGUUGGAAGAAUUUCCGAGGAUAUUUGAAGAAGAGAAACUAAUGCAGACUGUAAGAGGCACAAUUUCAUUGCUAUGUUAAGACAGCCAUCUACAGCAUCAACAGGGCAGUUUAAGUCUUGUAUUAGGGGGUAACAAAGGCUUGAGAUUAAUAUUUUGAAAUAAUUUUUGUUGAAGUAACAAAUGCUCUAAAUGUAACAAAUAAAAUGACUACCGUGUUUUCAGUUACGUGAAAUAUUUUGCCGUCAUUAUUUGUAUAACUUGCGUGUAUGUUCUGGUAGCUAGUGAUGAACAUGCUGGUAAACAAUUUUUAUUCUAUGGAAAUUUUAUUUACAACAUUAUUUUAGAUUACUGUACUUAAGAGAACAGUGUCAGCAUAAAAUGUUUUGUAUAUAUGAAAAAAAGAUUGACAAUGUUUACAUUUAGGGAUGGGAAUUGAGAACCGCUUCUUGUCUUGAGAACCGCUUCCCACGUUACCAAUUCCUUGGAAUUGUUUACUAUUUUUCUCAACAAUUCUCUUCGCGAUUCCAGUCAGCACAAAUGACUUCCCUACGCACGUUACACAUGCGCGUAGUGACAUAAGCAGCCAGAAACCAUGACGGCUCCUGUGAGGCAGAAGCGCUCCAAAGUUUAGUUACAUUUCACCAAGAAAGACAAGAAUAGAGUUCAAUUUCAACAAAGGGAGGAAAUACCUCUAAUAUGCAAAAUCAUUUGCAUAUUGCAUUUAAACACAAACUAACACUACUUUUCGUGGUAGCUCUAUUUCUAUAAUUGUAAAAUCUGUCAUGCAAAUCGCGUUUCAUGUUUUAUUUUAGAUGACGACAAGAGACGCCGUCUCACUGCUUCAGACGCCAGCAGUACUGUACCUCGAGCUUAUUCGUUCACGGAGGCAGGUAGGACUGAAGAACGCCAUUGUGCAGUGACGAAGCUUGUAGUUAAAGGCUUGCACCAAUUUGCAGCUAUAGAAGCCCCUGAUUUUCAGUGGGUGAUGAUUUUCUAUUGUCGGAGAAUGUUUGCAUUCUUCCUCUUAAUAGAAUAUUUCACAAAGCAAUAUUUAAAACAAAAUGAUCAUAAUCGUUUGUGCUUUUUUUUUUCCCAAAUGAGAAUCGAUAAGAGAAUCGAUAAAGAAUUGAAUCGUUAAACGGAAUCGAGAAUGGAAUCGGUAUCAGAAAAAUCGUAUUAAUUCCCAUCCUUAUUUACAUCAGAAUACACUUUGUACAUGAUUGUUCAUUUUUCCCGUUUUAAUGCACUACUAAAAGAAAACAUCCUGGUUCCUAAUGCAAAUUCCAAAGUAAAUGUGAAUUUUUAAAUCACAAUCUAUCCUCACAAGAAAAAGCAGUAUUUUACAGUAUAAGAAAAUAAUAAAUAUAUGUGUAAUACAAAUGUUUGUUUCCAUGUAAAUUAUUGUCUACAGUAUUAGUGUUCUUCCACUAAAAUUGAUUUUCAAACCUAA